AUGAAAUAUGAUGGUACAGGACGGGACGGGUUGGGAUUCCAUUGGACAGCACAGUAUGAGAUGGGAUGGCACAGGACGGAAUUAGAUGGGUCAGGAAGGGAUGGGAUGACACGGGACAGGAUGGUGCGUUGCGUUGCAAUUGCGCGAGAAGCAACAGCUGUGCUGUACGCGUGGCUGGUGGUCGGUACUUCAUCUGGGGGCGAUGCCUUCCUGGAGCCCUACAUGCAGGGGCUGGCGGCGGAGGAGCGGGCGGUGGCGGCCGCCGCCGCCGGCACCGCCGCCUCACACUCGCCGCCGCCCACCGGCCCCGCGCCCGCGCCCGCCCCCGCGCCCAGCCCGGCGCCCGCCCCCAGCCCCCGCGCGGAGGCGGAGCGGGAGGAGGAGGCGGGGGCGGGGGCGGAGCCGCCGUCCGCCGCGCAGCUCUCCGCCACCCUGCGUCUGCUGGAGCUCCGCAGGCGAGAUGCUGCCGCCGCCGCCGCACACGUUGGGUGUGACGUGUUUAUUGAUGUAGUUCGGAACGCCACGGAUGUGAUACUAUGA